UUUUACUUGCUGGUUAUGCGUCUUUCGCUGCAAAUGACCCUUAGACAAUGCGCUGUGUCGCCCUAAGGCAGCCACUUACUCACUUCGCCGCAAACGACGGCUGCUUUUGCCAGCCGUUCCUAGCAACAGCUUCUUCGUUCAUAAACGAUUCUAAGGCGUCGAGUUAAUUUGUGGCAAGCUUUCUCUCUCCUCGCUUUAGCGUUUUGGCGUAAUGACAGCGGCAUGCGUUCCCCGACCACUGUCGCUUUCUCUAUCGCAAUGCCGUCGGUCGCACGUUGUCGCAUGCGUUCCCCUACCAUUGUCGGUCAUCGUCGCUCGCCGUGGGUCGCACAGCGUCGCGUACCGGCGAGAUUUCGCCCGGCAGGCGACGAUUCUACUGCCAUCCGUUCUCCUCCGGCGUCUCACGUUACCAAGGCGGAAUGACCAUGUCCCCUCCGUUCCCACAUGCCGCCAUGUCGCUCUUCCGAGUCGCAGGCGUGUUUCCUCCACUUCCAUCUCGCCAUCCUUCCCCUCUCUCCUCGUCUCCUCAUCUUCCUCCUCCUCCGUCUCCUCCGCCUCCUCCUCGGUCUCCUUCGCCUCCUCCUCGGUCUCCUCCGCCUCCUCCGCCUCCUCCCCUCCGCCUCCUCUCCUUCCUUCACAAUAAGCGCAUCCGUCACUUUCCUCUCGGAGAUUAAAAAAAGCCGCUUCGUGGCUAUAGCGGCGCCGGUGGGGUCUCCAGAGGAGGCGAUGCGAGUAAUAGAGGAGGUCAGUGAUCCAUCAGCCACCCACAACUGCUGGGCGUACAAGGUUUCUCCAGCAUACCGCUUUAAUGAUGACGGGGAGCCAGGAGGAACGGCCGGGCGGCCAAUCUUGGCAGCUAUUGAGGGAGCUGGAGUGGACGGAGUCGUGGUGGUGGUAACCAGGUACUACGGCGGAGUGAAGCUGGGAACGGGCGGCCUCGUGAGGGCAUAUGGAGGGGCAGCAUCAGGAGCGCUACGAGAAGCCACUCUGGUUCCAGUUCUGAAGAAGGUGGCUUUAAGAAUCGUUGCGCCAGUGCACCAUGUGGGACUUCUUUACACUCUGCUUCAACGCCCCGAAUACUCAGUUGAGAGAUUAUCAGAAAGCUACAGUGAAAGUGUGGAUGGAAAAGGGAGUGUAAUCGAGCUUCAGAUUCUAGCGCUCGCUGACAAUGUUCCUAGGCUUCAAGAAGCUUUGUUAGACACACUGAGAGGAGAUGUUUUGAUAGUGAAUGUGGAAUGAUUAUGGGUUUCCACCACCUUCAGUUCAAGCAAGCUUUUGAAAUUUCAA